AAAUAACUCUUUGUGUAGAGGUAUAGCCUCCUAACUUUAUCAAGGUGCCUAAACAACAAUCCCAAAGAGGUUACCGAAGAGGCUCUCACAUACAAUGCCUUCAGUUAGCUCUUCAAAAUGUAUGCUAUCAAACCAAAUAUUACAUACCUGGGAAGGCUCACACUAUGUACUUCGAGUGUGGCGGGCCGAUGCUCUAAAUUCUCCCAGUAUACUAUGUAGUCGCUCCCCCUGAGAUUUUUAAGCAACUUACAACUACACAUAAGUCGACCCUUCAGCAUCGCAUGAUAUUCUCGCGACUGUUCCGAUUAUACCCAUACCCCAACUGCCUAGAUAUAAGCAUUGCCUAGGUACUCGAAAAUUAAAUAUUUGAGAGCCCCUCCCAGUAUUCCCGCCGGUAUCGACUAGAAAUUCUACCAAGAGUUACUUUUAUCAUGGAUCCAGGCCUGCCUGAUGAUUUCUUUGACUACACCACCAAUGCUCUUUGGUUCACUCGGGAUGGGCGGUUGAGGAGAAUGGAUGCCGCACAUUUCGCCAAUCUAGAUCAAGAGAUGCGAGCCGAGCAUGAGGAAGGAAAUCGAUUUCGAGUCAACAUAGUGUUGCUUGAAUCUGUGGACGACACAAGGAUAAGUAUCACCCGGGAUAACUUCAGUCUACUUCUCGAGGCAUUCAAGAUACCAAUGCCCUCUGAGAGAGCCCUGUUCCAUAAAAAUGGUCAAUGUCUCAAACCUCCCAUUGAGUGGUCUGAAGAUGGAACUCGAUCCGCGUUCCACGUAUCUGUACACACUCCGCCACCUUUAGACCUCCGGUUCAUGAGCAAGCGCUUUCACAAAUCGCUCUCCUUACUGUUCCGAAUAUCGAUCCAAGCAAACUUGGCGACAUGCAUCAUUAUUGCGGCCCCUGAUACGAGACUGCGCAUCGCUCAGGCGAUAGAGAGCAACCGCGACUCAAUAAUGUUCUUCCCCCUUCACAUACUGGAUAUAUUUUGCACGCAAUACGACAGUAUCAAUGAACGCUAUUGGGCAGAGCGCGAGCAAAAGGGCCAGAACAUAUUGCAAAGUAUGCAUUCUUUCUGUAUCAGCCCGAACAAUAUACACGACGAUGGUGGCACCAAAGUAUUUGACACGAUUCACGGAUUGGGCAUGUUGAAGCAAAGGUUGAUACACUUUGAUUACGACAUGAAGUUCGAACGGUCAGCCCUGGAACGCAUCGGGAAUUUCAUGUACAGUUACCAGAAUGCACGACUCGAAUACAACAGACCCAAGUUUCCAAAGAUGUCGUCGGAGAUGUUUCGCCAAGGAAUCCAUGCUCUAGAGGAAGCUGCGCGGUUGCGGCAGGACAGACGACAGUCGCUGGUUGAACAAGCAGAUCAGUGUAUUGAGACUCUUCGCUCCAGCGUGGCCCAAAACGGCACCAAACUCGGUCUCGAGACUGCCAAUAACAGUUUGAAGAUUGCCUCCUACACUCUCGCCGAUAGCAUCGCAGUUAUGAUCAUAUCCUACAUCCUGCUUGUUUUCCAGCCCCUAGGAUUAGUAGCUACAAUCUCUGGGAGCAAUGCUUUCAAUAUCGAGUCAUACACCAUAGGUCGUGCUACAGUCUGGAGAGAUUGGUGGAUACUUCCCGUCAUUUCCGCGGCCCUGACUUUCCUAGUCCUUUUUAUCAGUCACAGGUAUCAGCAGUCCAAAAUGAGCACUGUCACAGCAGGCCAGUCCGACCCUAGAAAGGACGGCACCACAGAAAUACCUGCCGUUUUGAUACCCAAAAGCUCUACGGAAAGUAGAGGAGAUCAUCUGGUGUAGCUGCCCAAGUUAGUGAUCUUCAUAGCAUUGAUAAGGUUUUUGAUUCGACGCUACAGUUUUCUAUGGGCUUAUAGAAACCUCUCAAACACUGUUGGUAAACUGUAUAAUAGCCUCAUGUAAGUUCUAGCUUUAGUUGUUCAAAUCUUAGGAGAUAGCCGGCGUAUCUGGAGGAUUGUUGGAUCAACCUAGAAGAGAUGUAUGAUCAUAUCUGGGUGCUUUGAAUGGGAACACGAAGGAACAAUGAAAGAUGAUGGAUUUCAAUUGGAUUUCCUAUAGUAUAAAAUCAUUCUCAUCGGCCUAGACAUCGUUCCCUUCAGAAUCGGGUCCAUCGUCAAAUCCUUACUUCCGAUGCAAUAAGAAGUCCUUGGUAAGUAGGUGUUCCCCAGCGCCUAAGCACUUUGGCCAAAAAAUAAAGAUGCGACGAUAAAGGGUGAUGGGGGGAGUGAGUUAAUGCACAAAUCUUCAAGUUCUUAUAACUC